AAAAUCCGCUCUUUCCCAUUCCACUUCGCCAGGCGCAACAUGGCGGACUAGGAGAGGCGGCACAACAGCGGCCGGAUACAGGCAGGAAAACGCGGGAUACAGGCACCUGGUGUUGCAGCGAGCACAGAAACGGAUCCUGGUGGAAAAGAAGAGGAAGAAGGGAGAAGAACAGAGUACUUUAGAACUUGUUCGGACAUGUAAUUUAGAAGCAGGUUCCGAGCGGGCCGUGUACAGCGCAACCUCGGCACUCGGGGUGAGGAGAGGAGUCGUCCGGGGCCGGGACACCGAGCGCAGGAGACCAGGCUCACAAACCCCGCGCUUCACUGCAGCUAGUGGCGGGAUACAGCGGGUGAAAAAGGGCAGUGAGGCAGUCGUUGUGCGAAUGAGUGAGUGAUACACAGCACUUUUUUGCAGGGCAGUAUGGGUUUGUGUCCCCUGCUCCUGUUGUGUGCCUUGGCCUUUGGUUGGGCCCAGGAAACACCCAAACUCUCAGAUCCGAAUCAGAUUGUGACGACCAAACCCACAACUCCUCCCCCUACAGGACUCAACCAUACUAAUGAGACUGCCCCUGCAGCCACAACCCCGCCCCCCAGGCAACCUGCCACUGUUGCCACUACGAAAGUAACAGUAGAGACACCAGCUUCAGUGGGCCCCAUGGCCCCUCCUACCCCUACUCCAGCUCCGCCUCCCCACACCAAUCACACCACCAGAGCACCGCCCCCAGAGCCUACCACCAUUAGAGGAGGAGGGACAGAGGAGAAAAUCACUCCCACUCCUCGUCCCAUAACCCUGCCCAUGCCUUCCACAGCUAAGGGUCCUUCCAUCACCACCCUCCCCACUGGUCCUGAUAAUGACACUACCCCAGUUUCGGGUCUUUCUCCUGAUGACUCCAGUAUGACCACCAAGUCACCUGAAAUCAACACCACGCCACAUAUCAGCAAUCCUCCAGGUGGAGGUGGAGGUGGUGGUGGUGAAGACACAGCGAUCAUCGCUGUGACGGUGGCCUUAUCGUCUCUGCUGGUCAUCUUCUUCAUUAUCAUCGUUCUUUACAUGCUCAGGUUUAAGAAGUACAAGCAGGCAGGAAGCCACUCGAACUCCUUCAGACUGACCAAUGGCAGGACGGAUGACACAGAGUUUCAGAGUGUGCCAUUAUUGGCCCGCUCACCCAGCACAAACAGGAAGUACCCGCCCCUUCCAGUAGACAAGCUGGAGGAGGAAAUGAACCGUCGCAUGGCUGAUGACAACAAACUCUUCCGGGAAGAAUUCAAUGCAUUACCAGUUUGCCCCAUCCAGGCUUCGUGUGAUGCCGCCUCCAAAGAGGAGAACAAGGAGAAGAACCGCUAUGUCAACAUUUUGCCCUAUGAUCACUCCAGGGUACAUCUCUCCCCUCUAGAGGGCGUCCCAGACUCAGAUUUCAUCAAUGCCUCUUACAUUAAUGGCUAUCAGGAGAAGAACAAAUUUAUAGCUGCCCAAGGGCCAAAAGAGGAGACUGUGAAUGAUUUCUGGAGAAUGAUCUGGGAACAGAACACUGCCACCAUUGUCAUGGUGACCAACCUAAAGGAGAGGAAGGAGUGCAAGUGUGCUCAGUACUGGCCGGAUCAGGGCUGCUGGACGUAUGGGAACAUCCGUGUUUCUGUAGAGGACAUGACUGUGCUGGUGGACUACACCAUACGCAAGUUCUGCAUUCAGCAGGUGGGGGAUGUAUCAGGGAAGAAGCCCCAGAGGCUGGUGACUCAGUUCCAUUUCACCAGCUGGCCAGACUUUGGUGUGCCCUUUACUCCCAUCGGCAUGCUUAAGUUCCUUAAAAAGGUUAAAGCGUGCAACCCACAGUAUGCUGGGCCCAUAGUGGUGCACUGCAGUGCGGGUGUCGGGAGGACGGGCACCUUCAUCGUAAUCGAUGCGAUGUUGGACAUGAUGGCUGCCGAGAGGAAGGUGGAUGUGUUCGGCUUUGUCACAAGAAUCCGAGCCCAGCGGUGCCAGAUGGUGCAGACUGAUAUGCAGUACGUAUUUAUUUUCCAGGCUCUUUUGGAACACUACCUGUAUGGAGACACAGAGCUGGAGGUCACCUCUCUAGAGUCUCACCUGGCCAAACUCUACGCUCCUUUACCUGGAGCCGGUUGUGGUGGUCUGGAGGCGGAGUUUAAGAAGCUCACCUCUAUAAAGAUCCAGAAUGAUAAAAUGAGAACAGGGAACCUUCCAGCCAACAUGAAGAAGAACCGUGUGCUGCAGAUCAUUCCAUAUGAGUUUAAUCGAGUGAUCAUUCCUGUAAAGCGCGGUGAGGAGAAUACAGACUACGUCAAUGCCUCCUUCAUCGAUGGCUAUAGGCAAAAGGACUCGUACAUGGCAAGUCAGGGACCAUUGCAGCACACCAUCGAGGACUUCUGGAGGAUGAUCUGGGAAUGGAGGAGCUGCUCUAUUGUGAUGCUCACUGAACUGGAGGAGAGAGGACAGGAGAAGUGUGCUCAGUAUUGGCCCACUGAUGGCGUGAUGGUGUGUGGCGAUAUGUCCAUUGAGCUGAAGAGAGAGGACGAAUGUGAGAGUUACACUGUCCGAGAUCUGUUCGUCACCAACACCAGAGAGAAUAAAUCUCGUGCUGUGCGUCAGUUCCAUUUUCACGGCUGGCCUGAGGUGGGGAUCCCUGCCGACGGUAAAGGCAUGAUCAACAUCAUCGCUGCCGUGCAGAAGCAGCAGCAGCAGUCUGGAAACCAUCCGAUCACAGUGCACUGCAGCGCCGGCGCAGGUCGUACGGGCACAUUUUGCGCUUUGAGCACGGUUCUGGAGCGUGUGAAGGCAGAGGGUAUCCUAGACGUCUUUCAGACAGUGAAGAGCCUGCGACUGCAGAGACCACACAUGGUGCAGACACUGGAGCAGUAUGAAUUUUGCUACAAAGUGGUCCAGGAAUACAUCGAUGCCUUUUCCGACUAUGCCAACUUUAAGUAGGGACCCUACUGAGCGGGCGACGUCCUCCAUCCUCAGCCUCUCUCUCACACACAUACAGUUACACACCAAGCUCAGCACUGGACUGGCUGCAGUCACAGAAAAGGGAACAAGGACCGAGGAGGACAAGCGGGGUGGCAUUUUUGUCAGAAGAGGACAAAAAAAAGAUGCCUUCUUGAGUAUUUUGUAAUUUUGUGUAUUGUCUUGUUAAUAUGUUCGUCUUUAUUUUUUCCAGUGUAAAUACACUUCCCCGAUCGUUUUUGUUUUUAGAUGCAAGUUUUAGAGUGACCUUUUUUUUUUUCCUAACGUAGUUUACAGGUCUAUGAAUAUAAACAUACUUAUACGACUCUGAAUUGGUUUUGAGUUAAACAGCUGGACCAUGGGGUGAAAUCAUUCCCCCUCUCCCCUUUUUCUCUUUGUGCAGCUGAGUGAUAAAGACCUGACCACUCAAA